AUGAUAAUAUUGAUAUUGAAAAGGUAAAAAUGGAGAUGGAUGCUGAAAAAGUAAAAAUGGACAUCGAUACUGUAAGCGUGAAAAUAGAUGUUGGUGCUGAAAACGUAAAAGUAGAUGCUGAUGAUAGAUAUAUAAAAGUGAAUAAUAGUAAAAAAAGAAGUAUUUAUUAA